AUGAAAUUUUUAAUUUUCCAUAUCAUUGCCACUGUAUGGGCAGCGACUUUGAACCCUGUCUCAAUUAGUGCAACAUCACUGGAUAUCAGAACUUCUACUAGCUACUACAUCAACAUAAAUGCUAUAACUACAAUACCAUCAGGUGGCUAUAUUAAAAUUGUGUUUCCAUCUCUUAUAUACAUUAAAAUAGCGAUGGCGAACCAGCCCUUUUUCUCAACACAUGUAGACGCAAGCCUGAAAGGUAGCGGGGACCUUGUGGAAGGGACAUAGAUGCUCGAGGUGUAUAUCAGGCUUGUUUUUUACUUGGCGUAGUCGAGCGCAACGUCGGAAUAGCCGACCGCAGUUCAUUCUGGUACCAGGUUUUUUGCCUAAGGAGUUCUGGGAUUCAAGGUUGGAAAGAGAAAGCUCGGCAAAGCCAAGCACUCCAUCUCUCUAUACUACUUUGGCUAGUGGAAGUGCUACAUGCUCAAUAACUGGCUUGCAAACGGGCUGCACCUCAACAUGUACUUUUAAUGGAAAUAAUUUAAAAAUUGAAAACUGCUUUCCCCAAACUGGUUAUGUGUAUAUUACUUUGCAAAACAUUAAUAACCCAGAAUAUGCUGCAACAUCAUCUUCUUUUCAGAUAUUUACUUAUGAUACCUCAGGAAAUUCUUUAGAUGAUGUGACAACAGGCUUUCAAAUAACCUUCAGCAAUGGAGUAAUGAAGAGUGCAAGCUUAGUUACUGGAACUCAAGUAACAGGAGACUAUUCGACAUGGACUGUGAAUUUCGUCACAAAUUAUCAAAUUGCAAAUAAAGAAUAUAUUAGCGUUACUUUCCCAUCUUGAAGCAGUGGAAUUGGAAUUUCGACAACAAUGAAUUAUUGUGAUGGGGUUCAAACUUGUAAUGGGAUAAAAAAUAUUGAAGCUACCCCUUAUUGCACCUGUAGCUCGAAUACGCUCAUAGUCACUCUUUCAAGCGCAAUUAGUCCUGGGUCUACGAGUUUUAAUGUGACUUCUGUUAGAAACCCAUAUAGCGCUGCAAGUGUGUCGGGAUUUUAUAUUACUACUUAUGGGAGCUUAGGGGUAAUUGACAAGUCUGAUAUGAUUUCGAUUUCUGCCCAAAAUUUUACACCUCAGCCCCUUGAUAUUGAGUCUUUGGAAAUUGAUUCUCCAACAAUGAUUAAUAACGAAACAAAAUAUAGCGCUUUCCCGAGGAUGGCGCGGAAAUGGCGCCAUCCUCGGGAAAGCCAGGAAGGCAUCCACACGGGAACUGGGAGUUCCACGUGGGGAUGCCAUUUUGACAUGUGGAAGUUUGGAUCCCACAUGUCAAAAAUGGCAUCCACACGUGGAACUCCCAGUUCCCGUGUGGAUGUUUAGUUGACUUUCCCGAGGAUGGCGCAAUUCCGCGCCAUCCUCGGGAAAGCGCUAUAUACUUUCACUUUUAGUUGCAGCUUACCAAUCCCUCAGAGUUCUAUAUUAAGCGUUCAAUUCCCUUCAGAUCUUACUGUUAACGCUGCAAUCACUACUUCUGUUAUAAGUAUUUGAGGCAUUUCUUCACAAAUGACUUAUUCAAUCUCCAGCAAUACAAUUACUAUAAACAAUGGAUUUCCAAGCUAUUUAUCAGCAGAUUACUCUAUCAUUUUCUCAGUCAGCAAUGUCCUUAAUCCCAGCUCUACAAAGCCAACCUCUCCUAUAAUAAUCUCAGUAACUACAAGCUCUGGUGCUGGGGUUUGUUCAGCUUCUAAUAACUCUUUGCUUUCAGUAACUGCGACGCCAGGAACUUUAACAAGUGUGUCAAUAACCCCACAAUCCUAUACAAUAAACGCUGACACAACGUAUAGCUUUAGUUUUUACUCCUCAGACCCUAUGCCUUCUGGUGCUGGAAUCAAAAUUACGUUGCCAGAAGAGAUGUCAGUAACGACUUCUUCUGCUAAGACUUGCUCUUAUAUAGAAUCUUCUAGUGUAAUGAGCAAGAAUUCUAAAUGUCAAGCUGCUAAUGGAAGAUAUAUAUACGUGACUGAGUGUUUUCCAUCUGGGUAUACCUCUGGAUUAAUCAGUUUCCAAAUACAAGAUGUAAUAAAUCCUAUGCUGCCUGCUACAACUAGCACCUUUUUGGUAGAAACUUAUAAGGAUAACAGUUUCCAAUAUGUGAUUGGCUCAGAUAGCAGUAUCAUUAUAGAGCCUAUAUCAGGGACUUUGCAAAGCGUCCAAAUAUUUCCUGCCAAUUUAAUUACAGGUGAAUCAGUGCAGUACACCUUUAUAAUUUCCACUUCAAACACGAUCCCAGCUGGCGGCUACGCUUUAAUAUCACUUCCUUCUGAAAUUUUAGUCACAAACAUAAAUAACCAAUGCACAGGCCCAAUUAACCUUGAGUCUACUUUUAGCUGCCAACUGACUACAAGUUCUAUUAAAAUCAUAGAUGGCUUUAAAUCAAAAAAUUUUAGCCCAGGAUCUUUUGGGUUCAAUGUAACUGGUAUUAUGAAUCCAUCAACCACAAAAACAUCAGGAACUUUUAAAGUGCAUACUUAUAGUGGAAGCUAUUUAAUUGAUAGCUUGAUAACAGGUAUUACUAUCACAUCUGAUACUCCUCACGCUUUAGAAUCCGGUUCAGUAGCCACAUCAAACAGCUUGGUUGGUGCUUAUGCAAGUUUUACCUUUACCUUGAAGCCUUUCAAUCAGUUUUAUAAUAAUGGGAUCAUUAUGGUGACACCUCCUAGUGAAAUCACUAUACCUUCUUCCCCUUCUUGCUCAGUAGGAAAUGUAAUUCAAGGGAUUGUGUGCAGUUUAGAAGGCUCGAAAUUAAAAGCAGUGAUAUCAUUGAACACAGCAUAUACAGGAUCUACCUUUAGCUUCAUAUUGAACAAUGUGCAAAAUCCAAAGACAACGAAGCCUUCAGGCUCAUUUACUGUAACAACAAUGGACGAUAUUUAUUCAAUUGAUUCUCUUUCUACAGGAGUUACCGUGCAAGCGACAACUCCUUUUCAAUUAAGCUCUGUUUCUAUAUCUUCUGCUGAUUCAGGCAUUAACCAAGUAACCACCUACACUUUUAAAAUUACUACAACCUAUACAAUCCCAGCAGGAGGCUAUAUCAAAGUAGUCCUUCCUUCCCAGCUCUCUAUCACCUCUACUAUGAAGUGUUAUUACUCAAAUGUUUAUGUGAACUGUGUAAAUAAAGGCCAAAACACUAUUAAUCUCUAUUUAUUUUCCCAAGACUUCAGCGCGGCUACCUUAUCCUUUGACAUCCAAAACAUAAAAAAUUACCAAUUAGCCUCCUCAUCUUCAGCAUUUGCAAUAUCUACCUCCACUUCAGACGGCUAUAGCAUAGAGUCAGACUCCUCCCAAGUUGUCUCAUUUUCCUGCUAUUCUCCAUGUGCUACCUGUGAAACUACCCCCUAUACUUGUCUAAGCUGCUUCCCUGAUUCAUCUUUGCCAUACUGCUGGAAUGGAGGAUGUCAUGACGAAUGCAAUGUCGGGUAUUAUAAGUCGAGUGACAAUAAAACAUGCAUAGUUUGUAGCGAAAUUAAUAGCUAUUGUGAUUCCUGUCCUAAUGGAAGCUAUCUUUAUAUGGGCACAUGCCUUAGCAGCUGUCCAAGCGGAAUUACAGUUAUAUCUGGCAGUCAGUGUGUCGCCUGCAAAACCUCUUGCAAAACUUGUGUAGAUACUAUUGAUAAAUGCAGCUCUUGUGUCUCAGAACAAAUAUUGUACAAUAAUAAAUGCUAUGAUGUAUGCCCUGAUGGAACAAUUGAGCUUAGCGGGAAAUGCAAUAAAUGCGAUUCCUCAUGCUUGACUUGCAGCGAAUCAGUUAACAACUGCACAAGCUGUAGCACAGGGAUUUAUCUUUACUCAAAUGCCUGUGUAGAUUCAUGCCCAGAAAAUACUACUGUAGUUUCAGGCAGCAAUUGCAUUGCUUGCAAGUCUAGCUGCUUAACCUGUGAAACCUAUUACGAUUACUGCACUUUGUGCAGCAACAGUCUGCUAGCUUUUAAUGGCCUUUGUGUUGAUAAAUGUCCUAGUGGCUAUACAAGUAAAAAUGGUGCCUGUGUCUCUGAGUGCUCACCAGGCUGUAACUCAAUGUUACUAGACAAUGGUGUUUGUGAUCUAGUCUGCAACAAAACAGAUUGCAAUUACGACAACGGAAUGUGUAUAGCCCAUACACCUAUAUAGAUUUCUUUAUCGAACAAUAUGUAAUGGACUAUUGAACGAGCAAGACAGAUUCGCUCAAAGGUAUGAGCUGAAUCUGUAUACCAGAAAGUGAUAAAAAGUGGCAUGUCAAAAAAUGGUGACAAGUGUGAAAAAAUUUGACAAGUAAACGCGCCAAUUUUUAAAAUUUAUUUUUGUAGUAAAUAUCUUUUAUCGUUAUUUGCAGAUUUUUGAACUUUACCAUCUAGAUGUGGAAUCUUUUCCGCGUGUGAAAAGAUGAUUCCACAUGUGAAAUCAAAAGGGCUCCACACGUAAAAUCACCUUUUCACACGCGGAAAAGAUUCCACAUCUAGGUGGUAAAGUUCAAAAAUCUGCAAAUAAUGAUAAUAAAUAUAGGGCUUAAUUUUUUAUAAUAAAAAAUGGCUUUUUUCUAUAUAUGGAUCCAAAAAAAGAUCCGAACUGUGCACCAGGGCGAUGAUGGGUAGAGACAUUCUGCAAUCAGAAUCUGUUGUUGGACAUUGAGAAUUUGUAGCGCUUAAGAUUCCAGCUUAUUUUGAGACAUGUCAUAUUAUUGAGUUUUCCUUUAUAUAGAUCCAAAAAAAAAAUCGAACUGUGCACCAUGGCGAUGAUGUGUGGAGACAUUCUGCAAUCAGAAUCAGUUGUGGGACAUUGAGAACUUGCAACGUUUAAGAUUCCAGCUUAGUUUGAGACAUGUCAUAUUAUUGAGUUUUCCUUUAUAUAGCGUCGAAGUUAUAAAUUUAAAAAAAAUGGCUUUUCUAUAUAUAGAUCCAAAAAAUGACUCGAACUGUGCACAAGGGCGAUGAUAUGUGGAGACAUUCUGUAAUCAGAAUCACUUGUGGGACAUCGAGAACUUGCAACGCUUUAAGAUUCCAGCUUAUUUUGAGAUAUAGCAAGUAAUAUCGUAUCUACUAAUUAUCUUCGAAUGCCUCAAAAGUCUAUUUUAAACCAAUAAUUAUUUAAACAAUUACCAUAAAAUUUUUAAUUAGCAUUGUUUAUUUAAAAUUCUAACUCCCCCCCCAAUUAAUAGCGGACGAAAUCAAUGUUUUUUUUUCCCUAAAAAUGGACCCUUAGGUACCAUUUAAUAACGGGAAAUUUUUUUACUAUAAAAAUUUUAAAUUAUAUAAGAUAAUCGUUCAUUAUAAAAUUUACUAAUAUACAUAAAAUGGCGGAUGACUUCUGACCGGUCCUCUUGAGACGGUUACCUGUGUAUAUCCGGGCAUGGUUUUUGGAGCCAGGAAUUGGCCCAGCUAUGUCUUGGGACCUCAAGGCGAGAGGUCUAAGCGCAAAGAUCGCUGUUUUUGUGACCAAGACCCUUGGGCAGUUAUUCGUGACUCCUUUUUGCCAGCAGCGCUCAGCCCAGUGGGUGUCCGAAAUGAGGCAGGGCGACAUACCUGCCUAAGCUGCUUUUGUGAUUUGCCCCGAAUGGCGAAAGCUGUUGAGUUCUUUCUCGGGAUGACCGGAAAAGAGGGGAAAGCAAAUUAGACGAGAAAUUAGGGGUCUCUCCAAUUAAAAGGUGCCCUUCAAUGGGCAGAUUUGGCGACGUACGGACAGAGUUGGCGCAAGAUUCAGGCGACGAAUCAAGUUGGAAAUGGAGGUGGUCAGUUGGCCAUCACCUCUACCGAUAAACCGGGGGUUUCGGACCGGGUUUAAGCGGCCACGCCUUCGCCACCCCUACGGGGUUAAUCUCCGUAGAACGUCAAGGCGGUGAAGUAGGGACUUAAAAUACAUAACAUAAUAUAAAAUAACAUAACAUAACAUAAUAUAACAUAAUAUAACAUAACAUAACAUAAAUUUACUAGAACCAAUGAAAUAAAGAUAGGAAUAUUUGAAUAGAAUUCAUUUAAGCGCAAAGGUAUUAAAAAAUUAUGAGAGCUAAUAAUAUGCAUCUGGCUUUCUUUUCUUUAAACCUUGAUCUCCCUUUUCAAUUGAUGAAUGUCUUUUACUAAUUCGCCUACACUUGACUUUGAUAUAUUAAACUUAUAUACUAUAUCUUCAUAUGAAAGACCUUCAUUUUGAUGAUCCAGGUAGUAUUGUGCAAUAACUAGCUUAUCACCAGUUGUUAGUCUUUUCUCUUUCUGGUUUCUCCAUUCAACUCCAUUUUUUAUUAGAUUUAGUGCUACUCUUUUGACUUAAAAAUGCAUUUUUUUUCAGACCUUUUAUAAAAAAUUUUAAAUAGAAAAAUAUAUAUAAAUAUCAAACUUUUUAAGUUAUGACCCAUUUAAUAGCGGACGAAAAAAAUCGUCCGCUAUUAAUUGGGGGGGGGAGUAAGAUAUUAAUCAAUCCGAGUCUAAUUGGUAUCUUUAAUUUUAAAUUAAUUUAAUAAUAAAGCCAUUUAAAAAUUGGCGCGUUUACUUGUAAACUUUUUUCACACUUGCGACCAUUUUUUAGCAUGGCCUUUUUAACACUUCCUGAAAUACUAAUUCAGCUCAUAUCUUUGAUAAAAUCUUUCUUGGUCGUUCAAGAGUCCAUUACAUUUUGCUCGAUAAAGAAAUCUAUAUAGGGGUAUGAGCUAUAUAACAGGAGUUGUUUAUUUAACCAAUUUAAAUUAUUCCACAACCCUUCCGAUUUCUCAAAACCCUUUACCUGCUAGUAUUUCUGGCGCUGCUAGUGCUGGAGUAAUAGGAGUCACAAAAAUGGUUUCUCCAGCCACAAGUGGGAUGGGAGCCAGCAUCGGUUUACUAGGCAUCAUAGAAGCAGCCUCUUGGAUUCGUCUUACAACAGGUGUAGGCAAUGCAAAUAGCACCCACGGCGACGAGAUCUAUAACAAUUCUACAGACAAGCGUAGAAGAUUCUUAAUUGACUCUUCUGAUGACUAUGAAAUAGAAAUCGGGUUCAGCUUCUUGAUCUUUAUCUUAUUUUGCCACUUUGUAGGGAAUAUUGCUUUUACAUUUACUGUUUACUAUGUGAUUAUAAAAAAAGACUCAGCGUUAAAACAAUGAAUAAAAAUGCACCCUUAUGCAAAUGCUUUAUACCUAUUUUUAAGCAGCGUCAUCUCUUUUAAAUUUAUCAGGUUUUUUAUUUCAAGCUUUUGUGGACUUUCUGCAUGCUCUGCAAGGCUUGAUAAGAAAACGAACAUUUAUAAGCCGAUUUUAAUUAUGACCUAUGUAAGCUUAGGAGUUGUCACGAUUCCAAUUUUAUGUGUAGCUGUAUAUCUAAUGUCAACAUUUUCUACAGGAAAUGUAGUAUUUUUGCAAGCCUUAGAUACUUUAAUUAUUACAGCAAGUGUGGCACUACUACAUGUGUUUGAUUUGAUUUUUAUGCAUAGAGAAAUAAGAGGGGAAAGGAAAAACAAGAAUGUAAAUGUAGAUUUGAUGGCUGGGAUUACCACACCAUAUACAGAAGAACUUGAAGUCGAAAAUUUCAGCAUUUGCCACUGUAAAGAAGCGAUUAAAUCACUUGAUUGUGAAACUACUACAAAUGGAGACACUUCAAGGGCUCCAAUGGACUACUGAGAAUACGAAACCCCUGCAAAAGGCCAGACAGCAGUCCCAAUUGAGCCUGAAAGUGAAAGUUUUACACCGGUUAAACUUUUAGACCAAGAAGAAAACUUAUGGGAAAAGAAUAGUGAAAUUGAGGAAGAAAUGAACGGGCUUAAUUUCAGCUUGUUUAACCAUCAAGAAUCAAGUGAAGAGCAUAUAGCUAAUAAUGAGCUAGAUGCUACUGAAAAAGAUAUGCUAAAUCAGGACAGUAGUGAUAUUAAUGAAGUCGCAGAAGAAAAUUUUAUUUUUAUGCCAAUCCCAGGGGAAGAUUUUAUUAUGAAUGAAGAUGUAGAAGAUUAUGCUGAAAUUAAAAUAUUUGGGCUGGAAGAGAAGUUUUUAGUGGAUUUACAAGCAGUUGAAAAAGUUUUAGAGAAGUUUUGCAUUGAGGAAAAGGAGAUGAUAGAUAUAAUAAAAAUUGAAAAGAAGAAAAAUUCAUUUAUUGCUGAAGAAAAAGUUGUGACUGAUGUUAUGGAAAUUGAAGAAACUAUUACAAGAAUGAGAGUAAAAGAAAAGAUUAUUACUGAGCCAUUUUAUACAGAAGAAGACCGAAGAGAAACUGAAGGCAGCUCAAUCGUUCUUUUUUCUAAUGAAAACAAUAUUUUAGUUAUAGAUCAAGGCAGCAAAAACUCAACUAAAAAAGAAUUCAUUCUAGUCGACAAUGGCGAAGGACUCGACAACAUACCCCCUGAAGAGUCACACGAAAUCAAGCCAAAAGAGCCUGACUCCUCUUUAAGUGAGCCAGAUUUCAACAAAACCAUCACUCUCCAUAUGAACUUUGAGCUUGAUGACUCCUCCCGUGAAUUUAUCGAUGAAGAAAACGAGCCUCAGCUGCUGGAAAUAAUCCCUGAAGAGUCACUUCUUUUAUUAUCAGACGCCGAAGUUGACGAGUACGACCCAGAGUGUAUAAGAGUCCAACACAGACCAUCUGGCCUCAAAGUCCUCGUGAAGCAAGAAUUCAAAGGAGGAGAAGUCGAAGACGGCACCAUCCUUGACACCAGCAUGUACGAAAUCCACGAAAUCGAUGAAUACGAUUCCCAUUAUGCCAUACUUCGAAGAACUAACUCAGACACUCUUAUCAGGGUACGAAGAAAUUUUGCAGGAUCAAGAAUAGUUGACGUCGAACUUCGUGUUGGCGGCCGCUGAAUGAUAGGCAGAGUGGUCUCUAAAGAGUCUGAUUUUGACUUCGCCAAUGCCUUUGUGGACCCUCAAGACCCUGAAUGUGUCAUUGCGACUCAUAAUGUCACUGGAUUUAAAUUCAGGAUACUAAAAGUUUUUAAUGGCAGUCAAAGAAUUGAUACAGAAAAUAACGCGCCAGAAAUCAUUGGAAACUAUGACCCGAAUUAUGUGAUGGUCGACAAAGAUGAUGUACAUUAUGCGUGGAUUAAUUAUAAUGGCCAAAAUAUCAGGGCGAAAAGAAACUUUGUAGGGGGCAUGAUUCUUGAUAUUUUGACUGAUAACGAAAUAAAGUCAUUUGUAUUCGAGCCAGAACAGACUGCAUUUUUUAAUAACAGAGAAGAAUUGGAUUUGUAUGUGAUCCCUUCGUAUAAUGAUUCACAGAUUUCUAGUAUUUUGCCGACGCCGCCUUCUAACCCUACAGAAGAGCUGUUUCAUUCAUCAUCUAGAAAAGGGGUUAUUGAAUUUUUACCGCCCCCUGUUGAAGAGUCACAGGAAGAGCCCAAAUUCCAAGAAAACAUCAUUGAAGAGGUAGGGUUUGAGCCAGAAGCUACAGGGCAAGAGCUAGUUAAAGAAGUAGUCAUACCAUUUGAUUAGAUUAAUUAACUUUAGCGGGUCACGGAGGUUUAUUUCAGCCUCUACCCAGCACUGCCAGCUUCAAGCUCGCGCUCUAUGCACCGGCUCUGUAGCUCACUCCAUUUUCUGUCGACGUCGCCAUCUAACAGGGAGACUCACCCAGGUACUCCUUGAUCAGGGGUCUAGUGACCCGGCGCCGUCCUUUCCCAGGAGGGAGAAAAGUAGCCUCCCGGAGUCUCCUUCAGGUCCCCGAAGCUCCUCACAUAAAGAUCUUCCUCACUUCCCUUCUAGUCCUGAAGUUUGACUCCUGAUACAUCGGCUCUGGUCUUCUUGUCUCUGUGAGAGGUAAAAAACCUUGUCGUGGUGUCCCCGACCAAGGUAAAAAAAAAACACCCUGGACACAAUACCCAGGCCCCGUUUACUUCUUAGUCCCGUAGUCCCUGAGGGUACAGGAGAAGGACGGGUCGGGUGGCUCGCCAUUUUAAUUGUGUCAUACCAUUUGAAGAAGAAAAGCUUUUUGAAAAUGUCCCAAGAAGUAACGUCUCAAGUACUAAUAGCAUGGCGACCAGAACUCUAUUGAAAUUUAACAAGCUUGAGUAUGGAAGUGACGAAGAAGAACAGCAAAACUCCAGGGCAUAUACCUCAGUGACCAAAAGAAGACACAGAAGCAAGAAAAAAGGAAGCAGAAAUACCUCAAUUACGAGCUCCCCAGAGAAUAACCUUUCAAAAAGAAGCAAAAAUAGCCGAAUGCAGUCUCAAGAAAGCUUAAAAAAUAUAGAAGCAAUUUAUUUACAGAGAUUAAAAAAUCCUUCUCAAAGUGCUAAAAAGUCUCCGAGAAAGAGAUUUCACAACCUAAUGAGCCCAGAUUCAGACUAUGAUAGCAUCUCUAUGAGUGCUUAUGAGUCUUUGAGCAACUUAAAUAUGAAACCUAAAGCAGCUGAGCUUGAUAUUGAAAUGAUAAGGAAAAAAUACUAUAAGUAA